AUGAGCGCCGAUGAAAUCCAAAAAGCGCUCGGCUUCAGCUCUUUUACGAGCAAUAAACAUGCGAGAAAGUUCGAAUUCAUGGAGGUCUUCCAGGAGGCUAAAACCAUAGCGAAAGAAAGGAAUGAAGAAGGCAAUAAAAAACUCGCUGAACUGGAAGCCGAGCUAACAAAGGAGCCUGAAACUGAGUCAGCAGUUAAUAAAAGUGAUUCUUCAGAUGUCGAUUCGGACGCCGAUGAACCGGAGAUCCAUGAUUCAAAGGACUCCAAGGAAGCUGAUCCUGAUGAUCCGUACUUUGUCCCCAUGACCGAUUCUUUGCUUUUGAAGCACGGUCCAAAGCCACUAACGGCUGUAGCUGUAGAUCCAUCCGGGUCUCGUGUUGCAACUGGAGGCUUCGAGUUUGAAGUUAAACUUUGGGAUUUCUCUGGCAUGGAUAAAAGUUGCCGAGCCUUCAAGGUUUUCCAACCUUUCGACGACAACCAAAUUAAAGAUCUCGAAUUCAGCCCCUCGGGUGAAAGCCUUUUGGUCGUCUCUGCCUCGCCUAUAGCAAAAAUCAUGACGCGUGACGGCGAAUUUCUUUGUGAGACCAUCCGUGGUUACCAGUAUAUCACUGACCCGGCAAGUGCGAAAGGCCACACACACAGCCUUAAUGGAGGUACCUGGCAUCCUAUAGACGGGCGAAAAUUUCUUACUUGGUCGCAGGACACUACAAUACGUACGUGGAUAAUUGAUGAUGCUGAAACAAUUGUUAAUGAUACACGUAUUCCAAAGUACUGUGAAAUUCUCCGACCGAAAACCGCUCAAGGUCGUAAAGUCAUUCCAACGGCCUGUGCCUACUCAAGGUAUGGUGAAUUUUAG